AAGCCCAGAAUGUCCGGAUAAAUGGCCUGGCGUAUCCGUUGACUACGACUGUACUGUCUGUCUGUAUCCAUGUCCAUGAUGAUCAACGUGGAGAAGAGUGCGAUCGUUGUGGACGUCGGGAGUCGGUACUUGAAAUGCGGAAUGUCUGGGGAGAGGAGCCCCCGCGUCGUCUUGCGGUGGGAGGUGGGUCGAGAUUGUCUCUGUAGGGUCCAACAUACAUGUCCAUGCGGCAGGUGGCCGAGAUGUUGCUCACCCAGCCGCCCUUGUCCAAGCAAGCGUGGCUCCAAUACAUUGGCAAGCAGCUGUACGACGUUUGCUACAAACAUCUCCGCGUCGCCCCCAAGAAUCGCCGGGUGGUCCUGUGCGAAGAUCUGUUGUUUCCGCGCAACUUCCGCGAAGCGUUGGUCGAUGCGGUCGUCAACGUUCUCAAGGCCAAACACGUUCGACUCCUUCCAGCGAUGACCACAGCGCUGUAUGCCACGUGCCACCGCACCGCCUUGAUCGUCGAUGCAGGCUGGCACGAAACUCGCAUCUUGCCAGUGUUUGAACGACACCCGCUUCUUCAUGCGUACACCACCACGAGCGUCGGUUCACGUGCAUGUUGCGCCGCCAUCUCCAACGAACUACCCCUUGUCCGAUCCGCCGAAGACGUUCUGGAGCGAGCAUGCUUUGUGGCGACCCCUUCUUCAUCCGACGUGGUGGCCAAACCCGCCAACUUUUAUGCGUUUACUCGUCACGCGUUCACAGUACCAGCCAGCACUCGAAGCCACGUUGUCGAGUCUCUCUUCCAAGGCAACGAACAUGUAAGCAUCCCAGACGCCAUUCAAGAAUGCGUGGCCAAGUGUCCAGUGGACACCCGCCGCGCCCUUCUUGCCAACAUUGUGUGCAUCGGCGGCACGUCCAUGCUUCCAGGGUUUGUGGCCCGGCUAGCGUCCGAGCUCGCGCCUUCCCACGGUCGCAUUGCUUCGACUUUGUUUCCGCCUCACUUUAUGACAUGGAUCGGCGCGUCUAUCUAUGGCUCCACGAACACCGCCCUCGUCGACCCCCCCACCUCUCCCUCCUCUUCGACCGACGACUGGAUGAACAUUGCCGUAGCUUAACCCAUUGUUAUUACCACCUUCUUCUCC